ACAGACAUCAAGAAAAAAAAUGUGACAGACUAGACAGACCAUCACCAAAAUUUCAUAAUUUGAAUGGUGUAAAAUCAGCAUACCAUAGGGACAAUUAAGGGUGAUUCAAGUAGUACAAGGAUGUCACAGGAAGACCAAUCACAAUCGCAAUCACUUCAACAAAGUUUGGAUCAAUUAGCAACAUGGGAGAAAGAAAUGAGUUCCAUUGAAAAGGAUAUUGAAAUAUAUCGAAUCAAACAAACUCAAACUAUAUAUGCUAAACGUCAAAUCAUCUUAUCUUCCAUUCCUAAAUUUUGGUAUAUCGUAUUGGCUGAAAAUGAUGAUUUUGCCGAUUAUAUCAGUAUUGAUGAUUUGAAAUAUUUGGAAUUCAUUGAGGAUAUUUAUAUUGAAUAUCCUUUGAUUUCAACUGAUACCUAUAAAGAUUUCUCUAUUACUAUAACUUUCAAUGGUGGGGAUGAUGAUGAUCUUAUACCUCAACAGAAGGUGACGAAACAUUUCCAAACCAUAAUCCAAGAUGGAGAGGAGAGAUUAAUAUCAAAGUCAGUGGAUGUGGAAUGGCCUAAAGAAUUGAAUAAGAUAAAUCCUAAAUUAAUUAAAUCAUCUAAUAAAGGGAAUAAAAAUUGGAGUAGUGGGGAUAAGAAGAAUUAUAGAUUAGGAAUGAAAUCAUUUUUUGCAUGGUUUGGAUGGACAGGGGAGAAACCAGGGAAAGAGUUUAAGAAUGGAGAAGAUUUGACGAGAUUGAUUGUUGAUGAUCUUUAUUUGAAUGCAUUGAAAUAUUAUAUAUUGGCGUUACCUAAUGGUGAUGAUGAUGAUGAUGAUGAGGAUGAAGAAGAUGAAGAGGAUAGUUCUGAAGGUGAAGAGUUGGACUUGAGUGGGGAGGAUGAAGAGGAGGAUGGGGAGGAGGAUGAUGAGGAGGAGGAGGAGGAGGAGGAAACUUCCAACAAACGAAAUCAUAUUGAUGAUAAUGGUCAAAGUAAAAAGCAUAAACAUUAGAUAGAAAUGUACAUUAAUAAAAAGUCACAU